UACGCGAGCACUCCCCGGAAACACAUUUAGUCGCAGUGUAAACAGUAGUUAGCUAAUCUGUGUCUUGAUGUAACUGAUGUUCAGUCAUGGGGAAGUCUUUUGCCAAUUUUAUGUGUAAGAAAGAUUUUCAUCCGGCGUCAAAGUCAAAUAUAAAGAAGGUAUGGAUAGCAGAGCAGAAAUUAACGUUCGAGAAAAAGAAGCAGGAAGACCUGAUGCAGGCUUACCUGAAGGAGCAGGAGACCUACAACAACAGGCUGCUAAUGGGUGAUGAUCGAGUGAAAAAUGGCCUUAAUUUUAUGUAUGAAGCUCCUCCUGGUGCAUCCAAAGAGGAGACCAAGGAGCAGGAUGGUGAUGAGUCUGAGUACAAGUUUGAGUGGCAGAAGGUUGCUCCUCGUGAGAAAUAUGCAAAAGAUGAUAUGAACAUCAGAGAUCAGCCUUUUGGGAUCCAGGUUCGAAAUGUUCGGUGUAUCAAGUGUCAUAAGUGGGGUCAUGUGAAUACAGACAGGGAAUGUCCACUGUUUGGCCUGUCAGGGAUAAAUGCCAGCUCUAUGGCUACUGAUGAAGCAGGCCCGUCGAUGCACCCCUCCGAGUUAAUGGCAGAGAUGCGGAACAGUGGGUUUGCGCUGAAGAAAUGUGUCCUUGGGAGGAACGCCACUGUUUGUGAUCCAGCACAGGAAUUUGUGGCCAGCGAGGAGGAGGAGGAUCCCGAAGUUGAGUUCCUUAGAUCUUUAACGACCAAGCAGAAACAGAAGCUCCUCCGAAAACUUGACCGUCUAGAAAAGAAAAAGGAGAAAAAGAAGAAGAGUAAAAAGGAGAAAAAGAAGAACAAACGAAAGCUGAAGAAAAAGAUUUCUGACAGUUCCGCCAGCAGCUUCUCUGACAGUUCCAGCAGCUCUGACUCUGAUUCAGAGCCUGAAAAACACAAAGCAAAGAAAGACAAGAAAAAGAAGAAGAAAAAGAAGAGUAAGAGAGAAUCCUCCAGUGAGAGCAGCUCUGAUAGUGAGAGUGAGAGAAGAGGAAAAGAAAAAAUCAAAGAACUGUGCAAAAGAAAGCGCUCUUGUAGUCCUGAUUCUAAACACAGAGAUAACAAACACUCGCACACGCAGUCAGACGAACAGGACAGGGGGCCAGACAUAGGUCAGAGCUCACCUCAUAGGAACGACACUAAAGGGACUAAAGAGAGGGAGCACAGAAAUAAUGACAGAGAGGGGGGUCCUCAGAGGAGAGGAGACGAAAGAGGUAAGGAUAAAGAACGACACAAGGAUGCAAACGGAAAGAGCAGAGAGGAUGAGAGAAACAGGAGUCGGAGUAGGGACAGAGGGAGGGAAAGGAGCGAGAGGUAUAGGGACAGAGAUGAUGAAAGAGAGCGAGAAAAGGAAAGGAGGGCCAAACAGAGGAGUGUAAGUAGGGAUCGGGGUAGAAGCGAAGAAGGAAGGCGUCGAAGCCUGGAUAAAGACAGAGAGAGUGAAAGGAGGAGGAAAGAUAAGGAGAGGAACUGCAGCUUUGAACGAAGAAGAAGUGAGAGGGAGAGGGAACGAAGUGUAAAAAGGAGAAGUAGAAGUAGAGAAAGAGUGCGGGCUGGAAAAGAGAGGCACAGGAGCAGAAGCAGAGAUGAUGGAAAGAGACGAGAGGGAAGCAGAGAGUAAACUAAAUAGCUUCUGCCCUACUGGUACAGUUUACCCUUGGUCUGUGUUUUACUCAGUAAUUUUAUUGUAUGUUUUGGACAUGGUUACCUUGGCCAUGCUGUAAUGUUUCUCACACUUAUAAACUCCUUUAAAACCUCAAA